AUGUUGUAUGCUUCAUUUUUAGGAAUUAUACUAAUUUUCAAUUUAUUUGAGUGCACAUUAUGUUUUACCUUGAAUGCUCUCAUUUCACAAAGUGGUUUGCAUGGGGAAAUUCAAUUUAUUCAAAAGGAUGCACAGAUUACAGAAUUGAAAACAAAUUUACAACCAACUUUAGAAUAUCCUGAACAAAUUAUUACUUGGUCUAUUUAUGAAUUUCCUGUUGAUUAUUCAAAAAUUGAAAAUAGAUGUGAUGAAAAAGAUUUGGGCAAGAAAAUAUUGGAUUUAGAAAAUCUAAUUGGUUAUUUGACAAUUCCUGAAAAUAGUACGUCCUCUUGGCAAUUACCAGUCAAAAUAACAGGUGAAGGAGGAAUUUGGGGUAGAAGUAUAGUUUUAAAAAAUGUAGAUAAUAAUAUGUUAUCGUGUGGUACGAUAACCUCUAAAGACAAAUCCAUUGAACGCACAGCAGAAGCUCGAUUUUAUUAUCCUGUCUCUGGUUCUAUAUAUUUUCGAUGGAUUGCAUCAGCAAAAUCCAAUAAUGUUGAUAUGUUAAUCUAUACAAAUUUAUUUCACACAAAACCAACAUCAGGCAAAUAUGGCAGGCAAUUCACAGAACAUAAUUGGAAAAUCUAUGUAACAGAUAUAUUUGAUUUUAAAGCUGAUAAAAAUGAAGAAAAUUGUAAUGCAUUGCAAAUUGUUUAUGAUCCUGAUGAUAAAGGAUUAGGUAAAGGUAUUGGGGAUGUAGAUAAACGAGUAGGAAAAAUUCAUGUUGCUGCAGAUAUAACAAAAUCUUCACAAAAAGUUACAUACCGAGAUUUUGCUCUUUCGGCUUUAUCAAGUGCUAUUGUGGGGGAACAGAGGAAAUUGUAUGUGGUAAUUUUUGAAGAUCAACAUGCUGAUAGUUUUUUAGCAUGUUCUAAGAUUCGACUUGUUGACUAUACUAUGGCUGGAGUUGUUUUAAAAGAUAAAGAAAUUACAAUGACACAGUAUUGGAAGUAUGAGCCUACAUUUAAAUUGAAAUCAGGAUUUUUCUUGGGUUCAUUUUUCUUAGAUAAUGUUGUACCUCCUCCUGGGUAUGGCACACAAGAGCAAUAUUCAAUUGGUGAUUUGUAUGGAAAGUUUGCUCCGAGAAAUGGGGCAAUAAGUUUACCUGCUUCAAACCACUUUUACUGGGACACAUUUUUACCUUUAACUGGAAUUCACAGUGUGGUUCAUAGGAGUAUAGUUGGAACAGCAAAUGGAAUAAAUGAAUGUGCAACAAUUCUGUUGAGAGAUGGGCAAGGAAAGCAAGCUCAAUUGUUUACUGCUAAGAUACUUUUCAGGUAUCCAAUUGUUGGUCAUAUGUUAUUCCGUCAACUCAAAAACCAUCCUUGGGCAGAUACAACAAUACUUGUUGAAUAUUUAACACAUGCUGAUGGUAAAAGCACUAAUAAAACUGGUGAUCACCGGUGGGCAGUGCAUGAUAAUCCACCAGGGAGAGAUUUUUACAAUUGGACUGGAAGGUGUCUAAGUGCUGGCAAUGUAUAUAAUCCCUGGAAUUCUUUACCAAGUGAUGGUCCAUGUUUUCUUGAGACAUGCAGGGUAGGUGAUCUGUCUGGGAGACACGGAUCACUAACAAUAGCUGGUUCUAAAAUUGAAGCUCAAAAUAUUACAAGACGUUUGUAUACUGAUACUCUGCUCCCAUUACAAGGACCUCGAAAAGUUCUUGGGAAGUCUCUUGUUAUUUAUGAUGAUAUUGGCACUGCUCUGCGUGGCGAUCGUUUAGCUUGCGCUGCGUUUGUGCCAGUUUAUAGAAGAAAAGCUGUGGCCAAAGAUUGGUUUCCAAAUGGAGGGCCCAUAAAGUUUAAAGGUAAAAUUGAAAUAACGCAGCAAUCAGAAUAUGAUAGGACCAACAUCGAAAUUGAGUUAAGUAAUUUAGAUAGCAGAGAUUAUAACAACUAUUAUAUUCAUGAAUCUCCUGUGGAGGUUGAUCUUGAAUUUCCAUGUGAACCAGAAACUUUAGGUGGUACUUAUGAUCCUUUAAAAGUUAAAAAGAAAAAUACUACAUCGGCAGGAGAGUAUGCAGUAGGUGAUCUUAGCAGUAAAAUUGGGCAUCUUGACAGGAAAACUGAAUUUCAUGCUACGUACAAUGAUUCAAUGCUGCCCCUUUUUGGUUAUUCUGCUGUAAUCGGGCGAUCAAUUGCUAUUCAUGGUCAUGGCUUGCAAGGUUUGGGCACAACACAGGUCCAUGAUGUUCGACGAGCGUGUGCCACCCUGGAACGAGGCUACAGUCCUGGUGAAGCGCGCGAACUCAGAGCUGUAGCUUCGUUUCAUAAUCCUGCUGGACAUGCUUAUGGAUAUGUUAGGUUUUCUCAACUAGUCUAUGGAGAUGGUGAAGAAAGUGAUACAAUUAUUGAGGUAAAUUUACGCCAUCCUGGAGCACAUGAUCGCAACGUAUCAAGAGGACACCGCUGGCAAAUUUUUGUAAAUCCUGUUGGUGUUGAUGCCACUGUUAAAACUUUUGCUACUCGAUGUGUGGCUGGAGGAUAUACUUGGAAUCCAUUUUAUACCCAAUUAGCUGAUCCUCAGAAUACAGAAUUAUAUGAUCAGGAAUGCGGCCCUGAUAAUCCGUUAAGGUGUUAUGCUGGAGACGUAUCUGGUCGGCUCGGUGUAUUAGACUUAGGUGUUGGUAGACAGGUUUUUACAGAUCCUCUCUUCCCAUUAGAGGGCCCAGCUAAUGCAUUAGGACGAUCAUUAGUUAUACUAGGACCAAAUGGAUCAAAUGAUCGAUACGCAUGUGCAAAUAUUGAACCUGAACAUGAUAUUGUUAAAUAUGUUAAUAUACGCAGGCCACCCAAGUUUGUAGUAGCUCAAUUUCUUCAGCAGGUUCGGAGGGUGAUGGGCUUACCACCAUGGAUGCUCUCAGUUGACUCUCGAAAAACCAAAAUUUUGCAUAAUGGUGGUUGUGUGCAACUUGUGGUUCAUUUUAAAGGACCGAUAGCCGGUAAGUUGGAGCAGGAUUUCUCUAGAUUGGUGGGUUCUGGAAGGUUGGAAGAACCUACUUUAUAUAUUCCUGGUUAUACUGACAGCAAAAGAAAGAAAUCUAUAUCAUACAGUGUGUGUUCAACAACUGAUAGUAGGAAUAGAAAUAAUAAAAAUUCUUCCAAUUUAACUCAAGGUAACAUAGUUUUAAUGGAAAUGUCUCAAAGAUUUCAUUUGGAUCAUUUAUCAAAGGUUUUAGAACAAGCACUACAAGGUUGUAGAGAUACACAGCUCGUUUUAGAUCAAGCUGUACGAGAACAUAUUCGAACAGUGGGAUGUGCCAGUGGAUUCGGUGUUGGACCUUCACCUAGCAUUCUCUAA